UUUCUUUUUUUAAAUUAUAUUUUAUUUAUAUAUUUAUAUAUCUUUUUUUUUUUUUUUUUUUUUUNUUUUUUUUUCUUUUUAUUUUGAAAUUAUGCCGAAAUUUCAAGUUGAUGUAAAUAAAGCCGUUGGACAUCAAUAUCCACCUCAAAAGGUUUCAUUUAAUAAACGGGAUCUUAUUUUGUACGCUUUAUCAAUCGGAGUUAAAGAAGAUGAAUUUAAAUAUCUUUAUGAACUAGAUAAGAAUUUUACACCGUUUCCGACUUAUCCCGUUGUAUUAUUUCUUAAAGGUGACUCACCAGAUGUAAAUUUAUUCGCUGAAACUAUAAAUAUUAGUGGACCAACACCAGGAUUACCUGAUAUGGAUCCAAAUAGAAUAGUCCAUGGAGAACAAAAAAUUGAAAUUUUAAAUCAAUUACCUACAUCCGGAGAAUUUGAAUUACGUAGUAAACUUAGUGGAGUAUAUGAUAAAGGAAAAGGAAUAUUAUUAGAACGUACAUAUACUUUAGUUGAUCCAAAGAUUGAUAAAGAAUAUUGUGUACUAACUACUCAAAGUUUUGUUGUUGGCUAUGGUGGAUUUGGUGGUUCAAAAGGCCAAAAAAGUCCUAGUUAUAAGCCACCUAAAGAUAAAAAACCUGAUGUUGUCGAUGUUUGUUCAACUAGUAAAAAUCAAGCUAUACUAUAUCGAUUAUCUGGUGAUUAUAAUCCACUUCACAUAGAUCCAAAAGUCGCGCCAAAAUUAGGAUUUGAAAGACCUAUAUUACAUGGAUUAUGUUCAUAUGGGAUUGCAGCUCAUGCAAUAAUUAAACAUCUUGCUAAUAAUAAUCCUGAAUUAUUGAAAAGUAUAUCAGUUAGAUUUACAGCUCCUGUAUUUCCUGGAGAUACUUUGGAAACUCUUAUGUGGAAAGUACCUAGUGAAAAAUCGGAUGAAAUUAAUGUUAUUUUUAUUACUAAAGCUAAAGAAAGAGAUUCUAUAGUUUUAGGUAAUGGUCUUGCUAUAUUAAAAAAUGAUAAAAUUAAUGCUAAAUUGUAAAAAAAAAAAAAAAAAA